CAUGCGUGUGCUGCGCGAGGCCCUGGAGAUGUACCUGCAGCAUGCGGCCCCAGCAGCAGCAGAAGCAACAAGAACAGCAGCAGCAGCAGCAAGAGCUGCGGCAGCCUUCCGCACGCAGCUGCUGCUGCUGCUGGCUCAGCAGGCAGCAGCAGUCGCCCCAGGUAUUGCACUGCUGCCACUGCAUAGACACCCGGAGCUUGCUGCAGACCCAGCAGCAGCAGCAGCUGCUGCUGCUGCUGCACAGAAGGACGUUGUGGGCCCUUCAAUGCGGACGGAGUUGCUGCUGAUGGCAGCAGAAUCAGCAGCAUCUGCUGCUGCAGCAGCACCCAACUCUGCAGCAGCACAAGAACUGCUGCAGCAAACCCGACGGAGAGCAGCAGCAGCACUUGUAGAUGAUGGCUGCGUGGUUGCGGCGCUCGAGCAGCUGCAGCUUCUGCAGCAGAAGUGGACAGAUAAGACAGGGGCAUUGCUGCUGCUGCUGCUGCUCCUGCGUCUCAUGCUAAAAGCACGUGUGCUGCUGCAGAAGGAAGCAGCAGCAGCAGGAGCAGCAAAGGGAGCCGACACGGCAUCGGGAGAGGAAUGGCCUGCUGCUGCACAGACCCUGCAUGCAGAGGCAGCAGCAGCAGCAGCAGCAGACGCAGCAGCUGCAGCGGCAGCAGCAGCUAUGUACAAUGCGAGUGACCCUCUCUCUAUCUGCAACGGCGCUGCAGCAGCAGCUGCUGCAGCAGCUGCUGUUGCUGCUGCAUCUGAUGCUGCACCGUCUGUCGUCCAGGCAGCAGCAGAGGCCGAGGCAGCAGCAGCAGCAGCGGCAGCAGCAGUCGUAGCAGCAGCAGGAUCACUCUCACUUUCAGAUGUAUCUGCUGCUUCUGCUGCAGCGGGGCUUCAAGCGCGGCGGCUGCUGCAUCGCGUUGCUUUGCUGCUGGAGGAGCAGCAGGCGAGCGGCUCGUGUGAAUCUGCUGCGCGUCUCUGUUUGCUGCAUGCAGCCGCUGUUUGGUUGCAGCUCCCCUCGCAGCACCAGCAGCAGCAGCAGCAGCAGCAGCAGCGGACAGACUCAGCAGGGACCUUCCCUCAUUGGCUGCUGCAGGCCACUGCAGCACUGCAGCAGGAGCUUGCAGCAGCAGCAGAGCCGUGGCGCCGUAUACAGGAGCAGCAGCAGCAGCAAAAGAAUAGCAGCAGGACAGAGCAGCAGCUGCAGCAGCUGCUGUUGCUGCAGCCGUGCUUGAAUCCCAUCGUGAGCAGCGCAGCAACGCUGCAGCAGCAGUAUCGUGCCUUGAACACAGCGGCAUCAACACUGCUGCCUCUUCCUUCUGACACCCAGCAGCACGAGCAGCAGCAGCAGCAGCAGGAGCAUGAGCAACCGGACGCGGAAGUGUUCCCGCUUGCUGCUCUGUCUCGCGUUGCUGCAAUGGCUGCUCGCUGCGGUUCGCUGCUGCAGCAGAUGCCGGGGUGUACAGUCACCUUACCCCCUCUCCUGCCUGUGCUGCUGCUGCCUCUUGCUGCUGUCGAGGCGCUGCGGCUACCUCAGGUUUUGCUGCUGCGUGCUGCUGAAGACACGCGUCUGCUGUCUCCCUCAUCAGCAUCCAAGCAGCAGCAGCAGCUGCUGCUGCAGCUGCAGCAAGAGCAGCUGCAGCACGAUAUGGUGGAGGAGCAGCAAGCUGUGUGGGGCGGCAGCGUCUACAGCGAGCCAGAAGACAACGCGGAGGUUCAGCUGCCCAUAGUAGAAGAGGAGCAGCAGCAGGAGCAGCAGCGAACUGUCUCUGCUGCUGCUGCUAUGCAAAUCGCCGCCCUCGCCCAGGCCCAGUGUCUGCUUGCCUACACUGACAUGGCCGCCUUUGCGCCCCACAUAUCAGCAGCAGAAACAGCAGUUCGUUUGGCGUUUCUUGGUGAGUUGUCUGCUGCGGUUUGUCUUUGCUUUGUUUGCGGCUUGAAUUUGUUGGGGCCCUUCCAUGCUUUUGUCUACUGCGCCCUCAGAGGCAACGCACAGACAGAGGACGCGAGCAUGCCUUCGCAAAUACAGCAGCAGCAGCAGAAGCAGCACCAACAGCAGCAGCAGCAGCAGCAGCUGCAGCAGCAGCAGAGAAAGAUGAAUCGCUGGGAUGAGUUGCUGCAACACCUCGAUAGACACUGGAAACGUUCGAAUGCUGGCUGUCCUUUGGUGCAGCCUGGUGAUUACCCUGCUGGUGCUGCUGCUGCUGCUGCUGCAGCUGCUGGUGCUGCUGCUGCACCUCCCACAGCAGCAGCAGCAGCGGCAGCGCGUGUAGAGGCUCAGCGGCUAUUUGCAGCACUGCAGCAGCAGCUUCAGUCUCUUGCUGUUCUCUUGGGCCCCCAAAGAGUACCCCCUAGACCUUCCCCUAUAGCUGAACAGACUCUUUGCCCCAUCGCGGCGAACCAGCUGCAGCAUUUGCUGCUGCUGCGGUUUCUGCUGUUGCUGAUGCUGGCGUUUCUGCACGAUCGCCUGAAGGAGGAGACGGGCGGGUUGGCUGCGUUGCCGCUUCUGCUGCUGCAAGGGCGGCUCGAGGCAGCAGUGGUGCUGCUGGAGAAACAAGUCGCAGCAGCAGCAGGUGCUGCAGCAGCAGGACCUGCAGCAGCAGCAGCAGCACCAGAUGGCGCGUUGGGAAAGCAGCAAGAUGCGAGGAGAGAACUGCAAACGCAAGCAGCAGCACUAGACCAGCUGCGGGCGGCGGUCGCGCGGCAGCAGCCGCUGCUGCUGCCCCGCCUAGACAAGGCCCUGAAGCAGGCAGUGAGUCGUGCUGCUGCUGCGUUUGCUGCUGCUGCGUUUGCUGCUGCUGCUUUUGCUGCUGCUGCUUUUGCUGCUGCUGCGUUUGCUGCUGCUGCUGUGCUUCCUGGUGCUACUGCUGAUCCUGCCCUUUGUGAUGCUGCCGAUAUUGCGGUUGCUAGUACGGGCGUUUUUAGAGUUGCUGCUGCUGUUGGUGCUAUUGCUGCUGCUGCUGUGUCUAGGGGGAGCUUGCAUGCGCUGAUGCUGCUGAUUGCUGCAGCAAGGCAGCAGCAAUGCCGUUCAGUUGCGACUAUAUUGAGGCUUGUCUUUCACGGCAGCAAAAAGAAGUCUAAACCUGCUCUUGCUGGAGCAGUACUAGCAGCAGCACAGCUGCAGCAGCAGCACAGCUGCAGCAGCAGCACAGCUGCAGCAGCAGCACAGCUGCAGCAGCAGCUCUUGUCCCUUCUGCAGCAGUAG